AUGCGGGAGUGUUCCAGGGUAGCAGCUAGUAAUUACCUGAAAGAGGCUGGUGAUGCUCAUGGCACUGUCAAAAUUCAGAUAUCCAUAGGGGAUGGACCAGGAACAAGGUUAGCAUGGGGAUGUGAUUUAAGUUAUGAUUAUGUCAAGAUUAAUUAUGCAACCUCUUUAGGCCCGGGCAGUCUUGAUAAAUGUUGGUCAAGCAAAUGCAGCCACGGUUACCAAGAUGUAAUAGACUGCUCAUAUGCCCUUUUCAAUCCGAUUUUGGUGUACUUGUCCAAGGUUGAUGGGAGAUUCAAUUUUAGCCCCAUUAGUGUUAACUUUCUGACAGAAGUUGCAAAAGUUAUCUUUGCACUUGUCAUGCUUCUAAUACAUGCAAGAAAUCAGAAGAUUGGAGAGAAGCCACUUCUUUCUGUCUCUAGCUUUGUACAGGCAGCUCGCAACAAUGUGCUUCUUGAGAUCUAUUAUAAGAAUUCAACCGGAGGAUCAGAGCUUAGCACUAAUUAA